AUUUUAUGUCAGAAAUAGAGGAAAUAAAUUUAGAGUAAAGUACUUCAAAGAAUAGAUAAUCCAGACAACAAACUAAAACAGGAAAUACAAGAAAACCCAUUAGGAAAUUCAGAAGAUAGAAUAAUUCUUUUUAAAAUCGAAAUAGAGAUAGAGAUAGAGAUCGACCAAGAUAAAAAGAAUGGAAAUAAUAAUAAUAGAAUAAUGGAAAUACUCCAGAAUUAUAUGAAAUCGAUAUCUAUAAUUUUUUGGCUAAGAACUAGAUUUCAGAUCUAAUUGUAAUAGAUUGGUUAAUUUUAGAGCGAUAUAAAGUCAAGAUGUGGUGAAUUAGUAAAACUUCAUAUUGUAGCAAAUAACAUUUAAGAAAAUGAGGCUGAGACGAGAGUAUAAUUUAAUAUUAUUAACAGAUUAUUCUAAAAGCAUUUUUUAAGGAUUAAAAGUCUGCUGAUGAAUGCUAUUUUUAAUAUAGUGAUGCCACACUAGAUAAAUUGCUUUUAAGGACAGAGCGUAAAUAUUGACGUAAAAUUAAUAUAUAUAAAAAUAAG